AAAGAAAGGCAGAGUUGAGACUGGAUGUUCGGCUGGAGCAAGGAGGCAAGGAGGGUGGAGGACCUCUGGGGAUGGUCCUUGGCACACAAGGGAGAGAAGUCAGGCCUUGUGGGGAAUGGUGAAGGGACAUUGGCAGGGACAAGGAACGCCUUGGAACAGCACAACUGGAAGGCAUAGUUUUCUCCCUUGCAUCCGGGACGUGUCAGCUCCUUCUUCGCACCAGGCAUCCAAGAAAGGUAAUGUGAAGAUGUCGACGCUCCUCGUCCCUUCGAUGCACACUCUCCAAAUUGGUGCAAACGGUGAACGGUCCCACACUCCAUCUCCGCCAAACUCCCCAGGACUUCUUAACGAAAGCUGCAACAUUGCUCCUCUCACGCCUUCUCAGUCGCCGCGGAAUGAAAUCCGGACACGCCGAUCCACGCCAUUCUCGGUGGUGGUGGCCAUUGACUUUGGCACAACCUCCAGCGGCUACGCCUUCAGCUUCGCCACUGACCCAGAGGCCAUUCACAUGAUGAGGAAAUGGGAAGGAGGCGAUCCCGGAGUCGCCCACCAGAAGACCCCCACCAGCCUUCUGCUGACCCCCGAAGGCACUUUCCACAGCUUCGGCUACACCGCCAGGGAUUAUUACCACGAUCUCGACCCCGAUGAGGCAAGAGACUGGCUGUACUUCGAAAAGUUUAAGAUGAAGAUCCAUAGCACCAGCGACCUGACCAUGAAAACUGAACUGGAAGCAGUAAAUGGGAAAAAGGUGCAAGCCCUGGAAGUCUUUGCUCAUGCCCUCCGCUUCUUCAAACGGCAAGCUGUGCAGGAGCUGAAAGACCAGUGCCCUGCCUUGCCAGAGAAAGAUGCCAUCCGGUGGGUGAUCACCGUGCCAGCCAUCUGGAAACAACCCGCCAAACAAUUCAUGAGAGAGGCAGCCUAUUUGGCGGGUCUGGUUCCGUCGGAGAACCCGGAGCAACUCCUGAUCGCCCUGGAGCCAGAAGCAGCCUCCAUCUACUGCCGGAAACUGCGUCUCAACCAGCUGAUAGACCUCAGCUACAAGCCCCAGGCCAAUGGCCUUGCCUCGGACCUCCCCAUCGACUCCAGCUUCAGACAAGCCCGAGAGCAGCUUCGCCGUUCCAGGCACAGCAGGACCUUCUUGGUGGAGUCCGGAGUGGGCGAACUUUGGUCCGAAAUGCAAACAGGAGAUCGGUACAUCGUGGCCGACUGUGGCGGAGGGACGGUGGAUCUGACGGUGCACCAGAUUGAGCAGCCGCAGGGGACCCUCAAAGAGCUCUACAAGGCAUCGGGAGGUCCUUAUGGAGCUGUGGGGGUAGACCUCGCCUUCGAGAAACUGCUCUGCCAGAUCUUUGGCGAGGACUUCAUUGCCACAUUCAAGGCCAAGCGUCCGGCGGCUUGGGUCGACCUGACCAUUGCUUUUGAGGCUCGCAAGCGGACGGCGGCACCCCACCGCGCCAACCCCCUCAACAUCUCCCUGCCUUUCUCCUUCAUUGACUUUUACCGGAAACAUCGGGGGCAGAACGUGGAGACGGCCCUCAAGCGAAGCAGCGUGAAUUUGGUGAAGUGGUCCUCCCAGGGGAUGCUGCGCAUGUCUUCCGAGGCCAUGAAUGAACUCUUCCAGCCCACCAUCGGACAGAUCAUCAAGCACAUUGAUGACCUCUUGAAGAAACCAGAAGUAAAGGGCAUCAAAUUCCUCUUCUUGGUGGGAGGCUUUGCAGAGUCGGCCAUGCUCCAGCACGCCAUCCAGUCGGCCUUCAGCGGCACUUGCCGGGUCAUCAUCCCGCAGGACGUGGGGCUGACCAUCCUGAAAGGGGCCGUGCUCUUUGGCCUUGACCCCACCAUUGUCCGGGUGAGGCGUUCGCCCCUGACCUACGGCGUCGGGGUGCUGAACAAGUUUGUGGAGGGGAAGCACCCCAAAGAGAAGCUCCUGGUCAAAGAAGGGAAGAACUGGUGCACGGACAUCUUUGAGAAGUUUGUCUCCGUGGACCAGUCUGUGGCCUUGGGCGAGGUGGUGCAGAGGAGCUAUUGUCCAGCCCGGGUCGGGCAACGUAAGAUCAUCAUCAACAUCUACUGCUCUGCCACGGAUGACGUGGUCUACAUCACCGAUCUUGGGGUGAGGAAAUGCGGCACCAUCAGCCUUGACUUGGAUGAGCUGGAGGAGUCCAACUCGCCAAAGAGAAACCGUCGGGAGAUCCGGGCAAGCAUGCAGUUCGGUGACACCGAGAUCAAGGUGACAGCCAUGGAUGUCCGGACGUCCAAGAUUGUGAGGGCUUCCAUCGAUUUCCUCUCCAACUGAUAGCCCAGGAGUUAGGUUUGGGGCAGAGGGUGAGGUGGAGAGGUUGAGAAGCUACACCCCACAUCCUCUUCUUUGUAAACAUGGGCCAAGUCAUGUCCAAUGUGGAAAAGGAAGCCGAGCGUUGCCCAACUUUCAGACACACGCCUGGUUGCAUGACUUAUCAAAGGAAGGCAAGCUAAAACCAGAACUUAGUAAGAUUCCUUUUGUAGGCCAAAAUUGUAAUCCAAAAAGAAUAUCUUUGCCAAACUCUGGAAUGUGGAACCUAUAUGGUCAUUCAGCUUCCUUUAACACUACAUCGUCAAAAGCCAUCUUCUGAGAACUCUUGUAGAGUGACCAGAUGGUUGGUUGACUCAUGAAACUGAUAGUGAAUAAUUCACAAAAUGGGGCCAGUAUUGUUCAGAUCCUCUUGCACCGGCAACAUGGUUGUUGGCUUUGAUGGAAACACAUAUUUUCCAUGGAUUCUGCUGUGACAACAUCUUCUGCACAACCAGACAGAAGAGCUCUGGGAGACCGGCUGGCUCCUUGUUAUGGGAAUAUCUUAACCAGAGUCCAAAUACCAUGUAUAGUGAAGGAAGCUGCAAUGUGGCCAGGGGGAGAUGAUACAUUCCCUCAUUGUUCUCAGUGCCAAAUUGCAUGUUAGAAAGAACGUCAGGAAGAAACUCUUCUAGAACAUGGCUGCAUAGCCUGAAAAACCCAUAAAAAACUAUGCAUGUUAGUUGUUGAAAGCAGUUAACCUGAAUAGAAAGACGGCUGUGUCUACUAGUUUGGACAAGCAUAUCUAUGAGAGUAAGGCUUUGGACUAGUCUCCUUGGUGCAUGACACUCAUGGACAUUAGCAGCCGAAGGGAAAAGCAUAGCCAUCAUGAAGGAAGGGAAGCACUUGAGAAAGAGGCAGCUUGAGCCAGCAGAUAGCAAAGGAGACCCUGCAUCAGAGUUGUGAGAAUUGUGACUUCGCAUGACGUCCUGUGAUAAUCUUCAUGUUCUUCUGCAAUAUUGACGGGAGCAUACCGCUAUGCUCCCAUCUUUUUUGCUGGUCUGAUGAAGUCCAGUGCUAUGGAAAUCUGGGAUUUGAAGUUCUGAGAGUGAUUUAGCCUUCUCUGUCAGAGAGCUCUGAUGCCGCAACAAACUACAAAUCGCAGGAUUCCAUUGGAUGGAGACAUGACAGAUAAAACAGUGUCAAAUUGCAUUAAUUCUUCAGUGUGGCAAAAGCCCUGCUCCAACAACCAAUGCACUACACCAUGAUGGCCCACUUAGCUUGACAGCCAUUAUUGUUUGACACCUCUUCCAACCAUCAAAAAAGGACCAAGCGAACGCACAACCUGUUUGACUCUUCGGCUAUUGCAUGCGUGACUUGGAUGUGCUUUGAGAUGUUCUAUGCUCUUGAGAUGUGCAGCUGGGACAACAAUGGACAGUAAUGCAACUCUGAUGCGCAGCAGUGACUGGGAUCUAUACUGUGAAAAUCAGCAAUAUUGGAAAAAGAGCGCUAUCUUGCUUUGAGACACCAGCCUUUUCUUUCCCAUUCAAAAAGGCCUCCAAAAGCCCUGGUCAUAACAAAAGAAGAGUGCCAUGCGAGUCUAAUUUGGGUGGUUUGGGAAAAGAACACUUCUCUAGGAACCUCUGGGACCUCCAGCACAACUCUAUGGUCAACAUCUGGCAGAGUUGCGCUGAAGGACCUAGAGAUUCCUGGAGAGAACAUAUUAAUUAAAAACGUGAAUAGUUAAAUCUGCAAAAGUCAAAGCCGCAAAUGUGGAGGGUCGACUGUAAUUCGUUCUCAUUACUCAUUACAGUGGUGUUUUGUUUUGUUUAAAUGAUUAUUUGCUGUUAUCCUCUGCAGUGUUUAAACUUGUUAUAUUACCUGGUGUGUUGGUUGUUAGCUUUUCAUUACUUUUUGCCCUUUGCUGGGGAAGGGUUGGUAAGAGACUGGUGCAAAACAGGGAAGACACCAGAUUAUGAACAUACUCCAAAGGUGUUUUUAAAAACCUGGAAAAGGAACUGGAGAAUGAAAUAGGACUGGGCAGAAUCUUGUUAGUGGCUUAUGAUCCUGUGUGACAGUAAGAGUUAUUCCAGAGCAGAAGACGCUGCCACCUCCGAGUGUGGUGGGGUCUCCUUCUUUGGAGGUCUUUAAGCAGAGGCUGGAUGGCCAUCUGUCAAUGGGGAUGCUUUGAGGGAGAGUUCCUGCAUGGUAGAAUAGGGUUGGACUGGAUGGCCCUUGUGGUCUCUUCCAACUCUGUGAUUCUAUGAUUCUGUGAACUCAGUCUCAUUCCUCAACCCUGUAGCCACAUUCCUGGGCUUGCUGGCCAGCUGAGAUGGCUCAACCGAGAAUCAUAGAGUUGGAAGAAAUCUCAAGGGCAAUCCAG